UUCCUCAGAGGCUGCCCAGGGCGAAGGAAAAAGGCAGGUCCGGGCAGGAGGGCCCAGUGCUGGGCGGGGCUGAGGGAGGUCGGCCCCCAGUAGGAAAUGAGGCAGAGUAGGAAUAACACUUUAAAAGCCUGAUAGCCUCUUCCUCCUGCCAUUCCCUGGCCUCUUUCCAUCCUCCUCGGCUCAGCCUCCACCCCUCCUAGGCAGCUUUGCCUCUCUGUUCAGGCUCCAGCCAGGAGAGCCUCCAGCCUGUUCAAUCAAGAGCCCAGGUAGAAGAAUCAAGAACUCCAGCCCCAGUAUGUUGACAACACUGCUGCCUUUGCUGCCGCCCCUGCUGCUGCUGCUGCUGCUGCCCGGCUGUGCCCUUUGUAGCCAGGACGCCUCAGAGGGCCCACUGAACUUCCACAUGCUCCAGAUCGCCUACUACCGCGACCCCUACCACGCCAGGUAUUACGGCAACGCGUCCCUAGGGGGACAUCUGACACACAGCCUGGAGGGCCCCGCCACCAACAUCACGAUCCUCCAGCUGCAGCCGGUGGAGGAGCCGGAGAGCUGGGCGCACAGAGAGAGAGACCUGCAGCUCUACCUGCGGCAGUUCCACACCUUCGUGCAGGUGGUGCAUAAGGAGCAGUUCCUCUCACCAUCCGCUGCUUCCUGGGCUGCGAGCUGCCUCCCGAGGACUCUGAGGGCUCCAAAGCCCGCGUCUUCUUCGAAGUGGCUGUGAACGGGAGCUCCUUCGUGAGUUUCCGGCCGGAGGAUGCCCAGUGGGUGCAGGGACCCCAGCCGCUCUCCACGCUGGUCGCUUUUACACUGAAGCAGCUCAACAGCUACAAUCGUACUCGGUACGAAAUGCGGGAGUUUCUGCAGGACACCUGUGUGCAGUACGUGCAGAAACACAUGGUCAUGAAGAACUUCAAAGGGAGCCAAACAGGCCGCUCCUACACUUCACUGGUCCUGGGCAUCCUGGUGGGCAGUUUUGUCAUCGCUGGUGUGGCUGUGGGCAUCUUCCUGUACACGGGUGGACGGCGAUGUUAAUUACUCUCCUGCUCGCUCUGAGAAAGGUCUGGGUUGACCAGAGCUGGCAAGGAAAGAAAGGUCUCAGCUGAUACGAAGCCGGACAGAUGCUCCAAUUGGGACACCAUAUCCCAGAAAGUUUGAAGUGACAGCUUCUUUUUUUUUCUCCCAAAUCUGCCCACCAAGGGGCUGGGAAGAGAAUGUGGGGAGACUUGGUCAUUGGUUUGCUAAGAACCUAACAACUUCCAUGCUUUGCCAAA